GUAGUUGAAGCCGUAAAAGAACUUAUCCGAAAAGUUGCAGUUUUUGGCAUUUGUAUGGGUCACCUGUUGCUUGGUCAAGCAUUGGGGGGUAAGACAUGCAAAAUGAAAUUGUCCGAAACCUUCGAAAAGGCUGUGUUGAGAUCAGUGCCCAGAAUCACAACUACGCUGUUGACCCCGAGUCUCUUCCAGAAGGUGUAGAGGUGACUCAUGUAAAUUUGAAUGACGGAAGCUGUGCUUUUCUUGCCUCCUCUAAAAUGAAGCUGAUGUCACUUCAAUACCAUCCCGAAGCAUCUCCAGGGCCUCAUGAUCCAGAUACUGUGUUUGGAGAAUUUAUACAACUUAUGAAGCAAGAAAAAGUGAAGGCAUAAGUCGAAGAAUCCAUCGCGUUGUUUCUCGUUUUGCCAUAAAUCAAGUCAGAGCAAUCUGUCGCGCUGCACCUCUUCGUUGCUAUUCUAUAUGUGUGUGGGCGCGCGCGCUAGCUCU